AUGGAUGGAGCUUCUUCUCUACACAUAGCAAUGUAUCCAUGGCUUGCCAUGGGGCACCUCACCCCAUUUCUUCACCUCUCCAACAAGCUUGCAAACAGAGGCCAUAGAAUCUCCUUCUUCAUACCCAAAAGAACAAUAUCAAAGCUUCAGCACCUAAACCGUCACCCACACCUCAUCACCUUCAUUCCCAUCAUUGUUCCUCAUGUCCCUGGCCUCCCCCAUGAAGCUGAAACCACUUCAGAUGUCCCCUUCUCCUCAAUCACACACAUCGCUACUGCCAUGGACCUCACAUACAAUGACAUAGAGCUUCUCCUCAAGGAUCUAAACCCACAAAUCGUUAUCUUUGAUUUCCAACACUGGCUUCCAAACAUUGCAAGAAGUCAUGGCAUCAAGUGUGUCCAAUACUUCGUAGUUAACCCUGCAACUAUAGCUUACCUUGCAUCCCCAGCUAGAAUGCGCCAAGGAAGAAACAUAACCGAAUCGGAUCUCAAGAAACCGCCAUCUCCAGAUUUCCCUGAAGCUUCGAUAAUCGAUCUUCGUGCCCACGAGCUUCGAAACAUGGUUGCAUUCAGAAAACUGGAAUUCGGAAGCGGUGUUCUCUUCUUUGAUAGGCUCGGCACUGGUUCGGCUUUAUCAGAUGCAGUUGCGUUCAAAGGUUGCAGAGAAAUUGAAGGUCCUUACGUGGAUUAUCUUAAAUCGCAAUACAAAAAACCCGUUAUUCUAGCGGGUCCUCUUUUACCUGAACAACCAAACACUGCCUUGGAUGAAAAAUGGGAAUCAUGGCUUAGUAAAUUCAAAUCAGGUUCAGUUAUUUACUGUGCACUGGGAACCGAAAGCCCUAUGGAAAGAAACCAAGUCCAAGAAUUGUUACUUGGACUUGAACUAACAGGUUUUCCGUUUCUGGCAGCAAUUAAACCCUCUGCUGGGUUUAAUUCCAUUGAAGAAGCGUUACCGAAAGGUUUCGAAGAAAGGAAUAAAGAAAAAAGUAUUGUACACGGUGGAUGGUUGCCCCAGCAGUUGAUAUUGGGGCAUCCUAAUGUUGGGUGCUUCAUAACACACUGCGGGGCAGGUUCCGUGACGGAGGCACUUGUGAAUGAGUGCCAGCUUGUGUUGUUGCCAGGGCCGUACGGAGAUCAUGUGAUAAAUGCAAGAAUUCUGGGAAGGAAGUUGAGGGUUGGGGUUGAAGUCGAAAAAGGCCAAGAAGAUGGCUUGUUUUGCAAAGAAAGUGUGUGCAAAGCUGUUAAAACUGUUAUGGAUGAUGAGAAUCAAGUUGGAAGAGAUGUGAGAGAAAAUCAUAGCAAAAUUAGGAAUCUCUUGUUAGCUCCACAUUUUGAAUCUUCUUGUGUUGAUGGUUUCAUCCUUCGCCUUCAUGAUAUGCUUUAA